CAGACGCUCACUUCACACGUUUACUGGCAUUUCUCUGCACAACACUGAUUCAAGAUGAUGAAGUUCACCGUAACAGCCUUCGUGUUUCUGAUCUGCACCGCUGCGCUGCUGUCCACAACAGAAGGAAAACCUCGCAUUAACAUGCGCUGCCGGUGCAUUCAAACACAUUCAAACCCACCAAUUCCUAUUGGAAGAAUACUCUCGUUGAAGGUGAUUCCUGCUGGACCACAAUGCAAAAAUGAGGAGAUCAUUGCUACAAUGAAGAAAGGAGUGACGUGUCUCAAUCCUAAAGCUGACUGGGUGAUUUCUCUCAAGGAAGAGAUGAACAAGAGGAACGUCACAAAGAGCAACUAAAGGAAAUUAUUCAUUCAACUAUUACUACUGUAAUAUAGAAUUU